AUGGAGUCUUCUCCAUUCAAGAGUAGCAUUGCUGCUCAAGCCGCCGGCAUGAAACGUCCAGCGGCGUUGCUGCCUGCCUUUGAGCCUUUGAGCUCAUCACCCUCCCUUCCUCGGCCUCACAAACGUGUAGCACGCGAACCCGAAGUCUCGACCUAUCCCACGCCAGUCCCGACCUCAUCGACUCAUAUAAUGUCGUCGUCUCCCCCUCCUGGCGUCGCUGCCUCCCGGCCUUCGCUGCCACGGUCUUUUUCCGCUGCCCUCGAACGGGCUCCCCUGUCUGCCGUGCCCUCGAUAAUGCUGUUGGAGAAUGGGGAGCCUAUCCUGAUGGGUCGGUCCAGUGUCUCGUGCCAUCACCAACUCGCUGCCAGCCGCAUGAUCUCUCGUGUUCAUGUCAAGGCUACAUAUAAGCCUGCUCCGAACCCGUUCGAUCGGGAUAGGGUUGAGAUCGUGUGCAUGGGAUGGAAUGGUAUCAAGAUCCACUGCCAAGGGAGGAAAUAUGACCUAGCCAAGGGAAAGACCUUCACGUCGGACAUUAAAGAUGCGGAUAUCAUGAUCGAUGUUCAUGAUGCUCGCGUCCUGGUCCAAUGGCCUCGCGGUGACAGGAGGGACUGCCCGUCCACCGACUCGGAACAGACCAGUGAUGAAGCCACACCAACCCAGAGACGCCAGUCUCGGCGAGAACUACAGGAAAGUCCACUGCUGGAACGUCAGCGUCUGGCUUCACCUGUGUCUCCGUCGCCUGCUGUCCAGCGUCCCAUUCCCCCAUCCUCACCUAUCUUCACACCUUCCCGUUCUCGCGUCGAUGUUGUUGUCUUCGAAGAUGAGCCAUCCCCAUUGAAGCGUCACAACACUGUCACUGGUGUGACCUCCCAGAGUGCCCGUCGUGCCACUGCCAUUCUCAAUACCUCGCACGCGAGUGAGUUCAGCGACCACAGUAGAUCUGAGGAAUUCUCCGACAAUGACGAGGAGAACGACCCUAUUGUCCACUCCUUCGGUCCAUUUGGCGAGAACCUCCUUCCCCGUAUGGCGUCUUUCCGUGCAGGUGAUUCACCCGUUCGGACUGCUCGCUCCCCGCGCAGCUUGCUGCCAGCCCAGCCCCUCCAGCCCACCCGGUCUCCCAGACAGCCUGCCAAAGCCCACGAGAAUCAGGAACACGAUACUCCCGAUGCCAAGCCCCAGUACACCGAUGAACGGUUCGAGCGAGUUCGAAACCAUGCUGCCAACCAACUGGCUUUCUCCCGCCUCUCGUCGACACCCUUCUCUACCAUCCUGAACAACCUGCCUCCUGCGUAUUGGCGAUCCAGCCAUGCGAACGUCUCUGGCCCAUCGAAGUCUGAGAUUCGCACCAUCCUCGAAACGACCAAGUUCAUCGGAAGAGUUGCCCGUGAAGGAAAGGAUGCAGCAGGCAAGCCCCUCGAGAGUGAAUACUAUUACAUCCCUGACGAGGAUGACGACGUGAUGAGACGGUCCGCUGUGGUGAAUGAUCUUCGGAAGCCCGGGCUGCGUAACUGUCGGAAGCAGCACAAGCAAUACUUCUGGCGCAAGCCCAAAUGA